CAAUAAACUAUGGCUUCUCUCUCAUAGUGAUGGAUUCGCGUUGUUGACAACAAGGCAAAAUUCACGUUUUAAUCAUUAAUUCACUUAUUGACCCAAAUUGGACUUACGAUGCAGAAGAUCAAGUCUCUAAUGUCCCGUCAGGGCCUGAAGAGUCCACAGGAGAGCAUGUGCGACCUUAGCCCCGUGGAGAACCUGAGGAUCCCGAGCAAGGAGGAGUUGCGGGAGCUGAGACAGCAGCCCAUCGACCCCCAGGCCGAGCAGGAAAUCAUCGACAGCAUCGAGGAGAUCUACUUCUCAAAUGACUCGUUCGACAUGGUGCAACAUGAACUGGAGAAACUCCCGCCUGAGCUGAACCUGCAGGACCUGGAGGAGUACAGAGACAAGCUCAAGAGACAACAGGCUGCAGUAUCUAAAAAGGUUGCUGAUCUCAUUCUAGAGAAACAGCCUGCUUAUGUCAAGGAACUGGAGAGAGUGACGGCAUUACAGACCAACCUGCACCUGGCGGCGGUCAUUUGCACUAAUGCGAGAAGACAACUUAGUGUUGCGAAAGAAGGGUUUACCGAGGCCAGCCUAGGUCUGUUGGCCAAUCAAAGGAGAAGACACCUGCUGACAGGUCUGCUCAAGUCCCUGAGGACCAUCAAGACCCUGCAAAGAACAGACGUAAGACUCAGCGAGAUGCUCGAGGAGGAAGACUAUCCAGGUGCAAUCCAGCUCUGUCUGGAAUGCCAAAAGGCUGCCAGCACCUUCAAACACUACAGCUGCAUUAGUGAACUUAAUUCCAAACUACAAGACACUCUGGAGCAAAUAGAGGAGCAGCUCGAUGUCGCCCUGUCGAAGACUUGUAAGCACUUUGAUGUUUUGCACUACACCAAGGUCCAGCUUGCCUACACGCUCCUUGGCAAAACACAGACUGCUAUGGAUCAGCUGCACAUGCACUUCACCCAGGCCAUCCACAACACAGUGUUCCAGGUGGUGCUGGGAUAUGUGGAGCUCUGUGCUGGCAACGCUGACACCAAGUUCCAGAAGAUGCAGUAUAAAGAUUUGUGCACGCACAUCACCCUCGACAGCUACAUUCCCUGCCUGACGGACCUCUGCAAGGCACUGUGGGAGGUGAUGCUGAGCUACCAUCGCACCAUGCAGUGGCACGAGGAGCAUGACAAACAGGAGAGCACAUCUACACAAAAUGAUGCUGCAACAGCAGAGUCUGAUGAGUUGAUGGUGGACCGUAGCUAUGUAAAGAAGAAACUUGAGCAUGGACUGACUCGGAUCUGGCAGGAUGUCCAGUUGAAAGUGAAGGCCUACAUCCUGGGAACAGACAUGUCAAACUUUAAAUAUGAUGAUUUCAUAAUGGUACUGGAUGUCAUCAGCAGGUUAAUGCAGGUUGGCGAGGAGUUCUGUGGCAGUAAGUCAGAGGUCCUGCAGGAGUCUAUCAAACGCCAGAGUGUUAACUACUUUAAAAACUAUCACAGGGCACGGCUGGAAGAGCUGAGGAUGUUUCUAGAAAACGAGACGUGGGAACUGUGUCCAGUCAAGUCUAAUUUUAACAUUGCCCAGCUCCAUGAGUUUAAGUUCUUGGGCCAGUGCUGCUCUCCGUCCGUUUCACCAAGCAGACAGGCUGUUUCCUCCUCCACUCCGGCCCAGGAGGAGCUUUUGCUGUUCCAGCAGUACCUUCAGGAGGGGAACCCCUUUGAGAUGCACAUUGAGCAAAAGGAAGAAGAGACUGAGGAUGUGCUUGCAUCUAAUGGGUAUGAGUCAGACGAACUGGAGAAGAGCGUGUAUCAGGACUAUGACAGCGACAGCGAUGUCCCUGAGGAGCUCAAGCAGGACUAUGUAGAUGAGCAGACAGGUGACGCCCCUCUAAAGAGUGUUCCACGAGAGACCAUGAGAAGCAAGAAGAAGUCGGACUACAAUCUUAAUAAGACCAAUGCACCAAUACUUACCAACACCACCCUCAACGUCAUCCGCCUUGUCGGAAAGUACAUGCAGAUGAUGAAUAUUCUGAAGCCGAUCGCCUUUGACGUCAUCCACUGUGUUUCGCAGCUCUUCGACUACUACCUUUAUGCAGUAUACACCUUCUUUGGACGCAAUGACAUGUAUGAGUCAUCAGGUCUGGGCCUUAUCAGCAGCAGACUGAGAACAACACUGAACCGGAUCCAGGAGAGCCUCAUUGACAUGGAUCCUGUUGGAGAGAAUGCAGGAGUCCAUGGCUCAGCAGAGGACAGGAAGGAGAAGGUUCCCAGCCCUCAUCUCAGCCAGCUGGUGGUCCUUACUAACAGUGGGACUCUCUAUGGGCUGGCACAGAGGGUGGUGGCCACUGAGUCUCUUGUGUUUCUGGCUGAGCAGUUUGAAUCCCUGCAGUCCCACUUGGACACAAUGAUGCCUGCAGCCAAGAAACCAUUCCUACAACAGUUUUAUUCCCAGACGGUGUCUACAGCCAGUGAGCUGCGGAAGCCGAUAUACUGGAUCGUGGCAGCCAAGGCCAUCGACUACGAGCAGAUGUUGCUCAUGAUGGCCGGAGUUAAAUGGGACAUAAAGGAGAUAAUGUCACAGCACAAUGUAUAUGUGGAUGUCCUGCUGAAGGAGUUUGAGCAGUUUAACAGGAGGCUGGGCGAUGUUUCCAGACAUGUGCGCAUCCCCCUACCCGUUUCCAAUGUCCUCUGGGAGCACUGUAUCCGCUUGGCCAACAGGACUCUAGUUGAGGGCUACGCUAACGUGAAGAAGUGCAGCAACGAGGGCCGAGCCCUGAUGCAGCUGGAUUUUCAGCAGUUCCUGAUGAAGCUUGAGAAGCUGACGGACCUGCGACCCAUCCCUGACAAGGAGUUUGUUGAAACCUACAUCAAGGCCUAUUACCUGACUGAGAAUGACAUGGAGCAGUUCAUCAAGAAUCACAGGGAAUACUCCAUGAAGCAGCUAGCCAACUUGGUGAACGUUUGUCUGGGUUCACAUAUAAACAAGAAGGCCCGUCAGAAACUCCUAGCAGCCAUCGAUGACAUUGACAGACCCAAGAGAUAGAUUCGUGAAUGGCCCAGAAAAAUGGACACCUCAAGAGAGACAAACCCAUAGCUACAAAUGAGCAGGAGCUCAGUGUCGAAUGUCUUCAUUUUCAGUUUAAUGUACAAGUGAUGUGUUCAACAAGCUGGUUUAUGCUGUGGAGGAGCCACAAUUUGAACAUUUACAUAAAGUUCAUGUUAGCCGACUGCAGAUUAAGAUUCAACUUGUCUUUAUAUGGUCAGAAACACAAACUGCUGCUUGUUGAAUUGGCUCCAGCAUAAACCAAUAUUUCACACUCAAGCAUGCCUCAUGAUGCAUGCCCUUCACCCUUCUUGUUGUCAUACGUAGAAGAUUGGGAUUUUUCUGCAGGUUUCCACCACAAGUCCCCCCCCCCCCCCCAGAUAAAGAGUUAAAAAUGAAAGAUCUAACAAUGUACAGCAGAGUCAGAAGUGGCUCAGUUGUGCAGCGGUUUGUGGCAUUGCCUGUUUUUGCUAUAUGAGCUCAAUAUCUGACACACCUUUCUUCAGACUCAAGAAAACAAAUGAACAUGUAAGAGUUGCUAAAUUUAAUUCAUGUAAUAAUGUUGAGCCUUGUGGAAAAACGUGUAUUUCCCAUGAGAAAACUUUGUAAGUUGUACCUGUCUGUCUAAAUGUGUUGACUCACAUAGAGACGGUGGAUCUGUGUUAUCGUUCACCGUAAUGAUUCAUUAUUCCAGCUCAUACUGUAAGCUUGCUGUAUAUUGUUUGGCUUCGGGGUGUCUGCUGUGCCUGACUCAAUUCUCUGCUUCUGUGUUUUGUUUUUGUCCACAAAUGAGAUAAAUCUAAUAUAAAAGAUGAUGAUUCUGGAAGUAACUUAGCAUUAACAUCGUUAGAUUAUAUCUGCAGCAGCCACAUUUGUUUGUCUGCCAUCUGUCAUAUCUGAGGAGGAAAUUGUUUUAUCGUCCUGUGAUGAGUUUUUGAAAGUCUUUCGGGGGAAAUAAGUGCUUAUCUUUCAGUCUUGCGCCGUUUUGCUGAGCAGUACAACUUUUUCCUGAUGUGGGUAUUUUGUAGUAAGUAUUUUUGCUACAAGAGGUGGACGUCAGCACAAGCUGGAGGUCCCAGUUCUGAUCUAUUUUUGUUUGUUUGUUUUCCCCUGAGUGGAAGUGGCAUCUGGACAGAGAUUUUGGAGAAUUCCUAUUCAUAGUUUUAGAGCCAUUUCUUCAGAUCUUGUGGCAGUUAUACAGUUUUUACCUAAAGUGAGACAUUCCUCGGUAUCUCUUUGCUCUUAAGAACAGUUAUGGACUUGGUCACAGCAGCUUUUGGCAGUUUUACACAACUAAAUACAAUUGUAUACACAUCACCAAAAAUAAGUCAAAACGCACCGUAUAAAGUCACAAGUGAUUUGAAUGCUUCAAAUUUUAGAAAUUGACUCCUAAAAAGAUAGCAAAGUAUUUGGCUAACAUUUGUUGUUCAGUUUUAAUGUGUUCUUCAAGGGUGUCUGUACAGUUUUUUAGGUUUAGCAUAAACUGGCCUAUAAAGCUAAAUGAAGAACGAAAGACUAACUUAAAAUGUCUAUAAAGUUGAUUGUUAGAAAUAUGGAUGGAAAAGUAUUUCAUUUGUAGGAGAAACUACAAGUGAACUGAGUAAAUAAAUAUCUAACUAAUAGAAACUGACUAAACUUCACAGUUUGAUUUGUUGCAUAACAUUACAAUAACAAUAGAAAAUAUAAUAAUGAUAUUAAAAAUAAAGAUGUCUAUAUUUGACAGUGAGGCAUAAUGUCAUAAAAUGUUCCUUCAAAGUCUCUUUUUUUUAAAAAAAUAUACCUUAUAUUAUGAUUGACUUUUUUUAAGUUCAAUAUACCUGACCUUAAUAAAACUAAAAAAAAAACAAAACAAAACCCAGAAAAAAUAAAUCAUAUUUUAAAGUGUGCUUUGAAUUACUUUUGGCAGAUUGUGUAACAAAAACUCUGAUAAAAUGUGCCAAUCUGACCAGGCAGGUAAAUGGUUCGUACUUCCUCAGUAAGUGUAAUGAUGGAGUUACAACACUAAGCAUCUGUAAUCUUUUUUUUUAACCAUUGAACUUAAUUCAGACAAAAAUUGGGAAAUGGUUAAUACCCGACCCACGCUCUGUAAAAGCAACUGUAAUUAGAUGAAUGAAUCCCGUUGGACUCUAAUAUUGAUAAUUUUUCCAUUGUCUUGAAUAAUCUCUCACUAGAAAAGCAAUGAAGAAAACCAGAGAUCAGAUUUUUUUAUUUGUGGCUUUUCCCUCCGAUCAUCUUCAUUUAUUCACUCUGACCUGACCAACAAAGAGGUUUGUCAGAUUUAUGGUAUACCACCAAAAGAAAAGAUAGAAAAUAAAGUUUCAUGUUUUCAUACAGCUUCAGUAUACUUUGUGUGCAACUUCAGGAAGCAAACUGUAAAUGUGAAUGUUUUAAACAAUGUAUUUAUUUCAUGCCUUGUGUCUUGUUUUGGUUUUAUAUAAUAUCUGCUGGUAACAUACUGUCAUUUAUCACCUCUCUUGUAACUUAUCACUUGAAUCAAAUACAAAUAUUUAAAAUUGUCAGAUUAUGUUAAGCGUCAAGUGCACUAUAGUUAAACUCUGAGUGUUGGACGUGUAGGUUGAACCAGGAUGAUUCAACACAAUAAACUCACUAACAAUG